AUUUCGCUAUGUAAUUUCAUGUGCAAUAACAAAAACAAUUAAAUACUCCAAGUGUGGCAGGCAGCAUUAAGCUGCAAGAACAACAACAAAAAGCGUCUUUGGCGAUAAUUAUUGUGCGUGCAAACUAAUAAGCAAAAUCGGCCAAGAUGCGUUCGCGUAGUAAUUCGGGCGUGCGCCUGGACUAUUAUCAGCGCAUAGUGCAUCGUCUGAUAUUGGCGCAUCAAGAGCCAGUGACUGGGCUGUUUCCCGCAUCGAAUGUAAACUCACACGCCUGGAUUCGUGACAAUGUUUAUUGCAUACUGGCCGUUUGGGGUCUAUCGAUGGCCUAUAAAAAGAUAGCCGACCAGGAUGAGGAUCGUGCCAAAUGCUACGAGCUAGAGCAGAGCUGCGUCAAGCUAAUGCGCGGCCUGCUCAUGGCCAUGAUGAACCAAAAGGAUAAAGUGGAGAAAUUUAAAAUGACACAGAGUCCGUUCGAUUCACUGCAUGCCAAAUAUUCAAGCAAAAAUGGUUUACCCGUUGUUGCAGACAAUGAGUGGGGACAUUUGCAAAUCGAUGCAGUGUCGCUCUAUCUGCUUAUCUUAGCACAAAUGACGGCGUCCGGCUUGCAGAUAGUUUUCUCACUGGACGAGGUCAGCUUUAUACAGAAUCUGGUAUUCUAUAUAGAAUCUGCUUACUCUAUACCCGACUAUGGCAUUUGGGAGCGCGGCGACAAGACCAAUCAUGGCGAGCCCGAGCUAAACGCCAGCUCCAUUGGCAUGGCCAAGGCAGCAUUGGAGGCCAUGAACGAAUUAGAUUUAUUUGGCGCACGUGGCGGUCCAGCUAGCGUGAUACAUGUACUGGCCGAUGAGGCGCACAAAUGCCAAGCAGUGCUGCAGUCCAUGCUGCCACGCGAAUCCAACAGCAAGGAACUGGACUCGGGUCUGCUGUGUGUCAUUGGCUUUCCAGCCUUUGCUGUGGAUGAUGCACAGCUUAUACACAAUACCAAAGAUGCCAUACUAUCACGCCUGCAGGGCAAAUACGGCUGCAAGCGUUUCCUACGCGAUGGCUAUCGCACACCCAAAGAAGACCCAACGCGUCUCUACUACGAGCGCUGGGAACUGCGCAUGUUUGAGAAUAUUGAAUGCGAAUGGCCGCUGUUCUAUUGCUAUUUAAUUCUCUUUCAUGCAUUUCAAAAUGAUAAGCGUGCUGUGCAGGACUAUGCAGAUCGUCUGGAGAAGAUUAUGGUGCGCUCAGAAGAUGGUAUAUUGCUUGUGCCUGAGAGCUAUGCUGUGCCGCAGGAACUAGUGGGCAAUGAGUAUCAAAAGCCAGGCUCACAGCCACGUGAAGUUGUGGGCCGUUGUCCCUUUCUCUGGGGUCAGUCGCUGUUCAUUUUAGGACGACUCUUGCAAGAGGGCUUUCUAGCUGUGGGCGAGCUGGAUCCCUUGAAUCGUCGCUUGGGUGCACAGAAGAAACCCGAUGUGGUCGUUCAAGUAGUCAUCAUAGCGGAAGAUAAUGAGAUACGCGAUAAGCUGGCUGAGCACGACUUGCAUGUGCAAACUAUAGCCGAGGUGGCGCCCAUUGAGGUGCAGCCUGCACGUGUCUUAAGUCAUUUAUAUACCUAUCUAGGACGCAAUCGCAAGUUGGGCCUAACUGGACGCAAAUCGCGUGAUGUGGGCAUCUUGAGCACGAGUAAAUUGUAUUCACUAAAGGAUCGUAUAUUUGCGUUUACGCCACAGCAUAUCGACUAUGAAGAAUACUACACCACACGCGAUCCCGAUUUGCUUGCUAGCAAUUUCACUACAAACUUAGCCUUCUUGACCAACAAUUGGCGUCACAUGUUGGGCCGGCCAACAAUAACAUUAAUGGCAACGCAUUAUAUGCUAGACCAAGACAAAAUACCGUUGGCCAUGAUACAAACAAUGAGGAAAUUGAAAUCGGGCUACAUCAAUGGCACACGUGUUAUGCUGGGAAAUCUCAAGGACUUUCUCAAUACUUCGGCCAUAACGGAUUUGAGCUUCUUAGGCAGCACAGAGGACGGCUAUCCGGAUCGUUUGCAUCCGGAUGUGCAAACCUAUUUGGACGAGCAUCUUCUGCGUUCGUUCAGCAAUCGCAGCACCAUGAAUUUGCGCGGUGGACAGUUGCGUCCGCGUCAUUUGCGUCGACGCAUGUCCUGCAAGGGUGCAAUCAAGAAGACGCGCUCCAUCAAUGUGGACUCUGACAAUCUGGGCAUGGAGGGACCUACGCCUUUGACCGAACGCCGUCUGUCGUCCAUUGUGCCGCCUCCUUGGCUGCAGGCCAACAAGCAAGGACAUGUAAGCGUGUUUGCCACAACACCCGAGGAGGGACCGACCUCACCACCCCAGCUGGGCGGAGAGCUGGGCCUGCGCGAGAAUAUCUAUCCUGUGGAUCCGUUGCACAGUCGUUCGGCCAUGGAUCGACGCAGCGAGUUUGUGCGCCAGCAAGAAAUAACAGUGCCAAAAAUUCUCAUUCAACGCCAUCGCGCGGAAACAAACUUUGCCGACACAGAGGUAGAGGAAUUGAUUGCAAUGCUACGUGAAACGGAGAAUCUCGAUGACCAAGGCGACAUCUUGCAGUAUUUGGUUGAUACCCAAGGCCUGGACUUUAAUACGGCUGGGCUGGGAUUAAAGCAUAAGAAAGAUGAUGAUAAUGCGUCUGAGCUGGAGCACGAGUAUGCGGAUGAUGCAAUGCUUGAGUUGCAAAACAUAGCUCGUGGUGGUGUUAGCGGUGGUGGUGGUGCUGGUGCUGGUGCUGGUGUUGGAGCCAAAAGGUCGAUGGCCGUGCCAACAGUUAUCAUCGAUGCCACUACAUCCACAGCGAGCAACAGCAGCAGCAGCAACAACAGUAACAGCGCCGCCGCCGCCAAGGAUGAGGAUAAUGCUAAUUCGGUUGUUGCUCCAACGUCUCACGCUCACGCUCAAUCCGCCGCCACAGCCGCCUCCAACAACAACAAUAGUUUCAUUAACGAUUCUUCUCAAUCUGAAGGAAUGCUGGAAGAGGGACGCGUUGUGACAGUACGUGAUCUGCUCAAGGGUCUCUAUGAGAAGGCCUGCCAGCAGAAGCUUUGGGGUCUGGUGCGCCACACUGCCGGCAUGCUGGGCAAACGUGUUGAGGACUUGGGUAAGGCAGUGACCGAUCUGCUGGUGCGUCAAAAACAGGUAACCGUGGGCAUGCCGCCGAACAAUGAGCAUACUAUAACGGCACCCUUGCCCGAGGUAGAGCUGCGCCAGCUGAUACACGAUGCUUACGGCGAUGACGAGAGUACGGCCAUGUUGACGCAGGAGCUUAUGGUAUAUCUGGCCAUGUUCAUACGCACCGAACCGCAGCUGUUCCAUGAAAUGUUGCGCCUGCGCGUUGGCCUUAUCAUUCAGGUAAUGGCCAAGGAGCUGUCGCGCACGCUGAACUGCGGCGGUGAAGCCGCCUCGGAGCAUCUACUUAAUCUGUCGCCAUUUGAGAUGAAGAAUCUGCUUUAUCACAUACUAAGCGGCAAGGAGUUUGCCGUCAGCAGCGUGGCACGCGGUAAUCUAUCCAUUGUCAGCUGCAAAUCGAGUCGCGUUAGCAAGAAGAGCCAAAUUGGUUUGGGUGAUCCGGAGGGCGAGGAUGCACUUAUAGCCACCAUAGAUGAUCGCCAGGGUCAAUGGUUGCGUCGUCGUCGUCUCGAUGGUGCUCUAAAUCGUGUGCCACGUGAUUUCUAUUCACGUGUUUGGACCGUGCUGGAAAGAUGUCAGGGCCUGGCCAUUGAGGGUCGUGUGCUGCAGCAGAGUCUGACGCAGGAGAUGACGCCAGGCGAACUGAAGUUUGCCUUGGAAGUGGAAACGGCAUUGAAUCAAAUACCACAGCCUGAAUAUAGGCAGCUGGUAGUGGAGGCACUCAUGGUACUCACCUUGGUUACCGAGCAUAAUAUGGUGCCCAGUCUGGGUGAUAUCAUUUAUGUAGAACAUCUGGUGCACAAGGCAAAUCAACUGUUCUUGGAGGAUCAGCGCAAAGUGCAAGGCGAUGCCACGCUCUGCUGUGCCAAGCUUAAGGAUGGCAAGGAGCAACAGCAGGCCGCCUCGGGCAUGCUGCUCUGUGGUGGUGCCGCCUACAUCUGUCAGCAUCUCUAUGAUAGUGCGCCCAGCGGCAGCUAUGGCACCAUGACCUACAUGUCUCGCGCUGUGGCCCUUGUGCUUGACUGUGUGCCCAAGCAUGGUGAAAUGGAAUGCGCCAUCUCCUAACCACUGAUAACAGCAGCAGCAGUAGCAGCAAGGCGUUCAAGGCACAAUGCUCACUUAAGCACACUUAAUGUUAAUCACGUUAUAACUCUCUUACUAAAUCUCUCAUACUAUGCUGACACUAGUAGCUGUCUGGCCGCGUAUUUAACCCAACGAUAAGUUAAGUCUGAGCUCUCCGCUCAGCAACGAUGUAUAUCUAUAUACAUACAUACAAUAUUUAUGUAUUCUGUAGGUCUUUAUCGCAUACUUGACACUUUUGCUUAAGUAUGUAUGUUUUGUUUUGAUAUUCUCUAGAGCGGCUAAAGGGAUUAUAAACCCCCACUAACUAAACCACACAAAGCAAUAAUAUGUAUUAUUCCGUAAAUAAAGCGCAGCAUAUGCAUGCAUGUUCCCAUAUUUAUUUGGGAUUUAAAUAGCAACUAGUAGUUCCUUGCUCCAAUAAACUGCAACUUUAAUACCA